UGGACGUCAACCACUUUCUGCAGGAAACAUAUAUAUAUCUUUCUGGACAAAAAUUCAACAAAAGACUGCGCCGACAACUUGGUUUUGUCCUUCAGCAAGAUGUUUUCUUUUCAGACCUUACGUUAUGGGAAACGUUAUAUUUUACAGCUAUGAUUUCUCUUCCCGAAUCUCUACCGAAAGCUGACAAGUUGAAAAGACUGGAAAACAUAAUCGAUCUGCUGCAGUUAGGAAAAUGUAAGAACACAGUGAUAGGUGGCAUAUUUCUCAAAGGCCUCUCUGGUGGUGAGAAGAAAAGAGCCAGCAUAGCAAAAACACUGCUCACAGAUCCUAAUAUUCUCUUACUUGAUGAACCGACAUCUGGCCUUGACUCUAGUAUGGCGUUACAGAUGGUCAGACAGCUAAAGACUCUAGCUAGCGAGUACAACAAGACUAUCAUAGUAACUAUACAUCAGCCUUCCAGUCAAGUGUACCACAUGUUUGAUAGCUUGCUUUUGUUGUCCCAAGGAAAGGUUGUUUAUAAUGGAAGUGCACAUCGAGAGCCGCUGACUUUUCUUGAACGUUCAGGAUACAAAUGUGACCCCUUGUAUAAUCCAGCUGACUUUAUGAUUGAUGUUCUGAGUUCAGAUGGCUCUGAAAUAGAUAAAUUAGUCAAGACCAGAGAACUUGUCGAGAAAGAAGUUGUAAACCGAAACUCAACAAACUCCAUUCAUGAAGAUGGCCUAAGCACAAUAUCGACAACAAUGAGGUAUUCUUCCAGCUCAAUGGUAUCCAUUACAACACACGACAGUGACUUCAGCGUUUCAGAAAAAGAGAAAUGGCCAACAGGGUUCGCAAUGCAGUUUCGUAUGCUUACUUGGAGAAGUUUUAAACAAUCAAGAGGAACACUGUUACAUGUGUAUAGCCUCACUGAUUUCCUCCUGUUAGGAGUUUUAGUCGGCCUAUUAAUGCUGGAUAACUCCGAGAUGUUCAGAGAUAUAAGGGGAGUGGCUUUCUACAUGGUCGUGGUAUCUACAAUCUCAGUUGCAUAACAACCCGCGGCAAUAUUUCCAGAUGAAAUUGAAGUCGUUUCAAGGGAGCGUGCAAGCGGUGCAUAUCAGAUGUCUGCCGAUUACUUUUCCAAAAUGGCUGGAGAAUUACCGUUGACGUUUGCAAAACCUACAAUAUUUUGCACAGCCAUUUAUUGGAUAGCUCGGCUGAAUGGUGUACAGCAAUUUUUUAUUACGUAUUCAAUAAUUCUAUUGAAUGUCAUCAGUAUACAGUGUGUUGGAUUUUUUGUGAGCAUCGUUUUCUCGGACAGACAGCUGAGUGCAGCAGUUCUUCAUGGGGUGUUGCACUUUUCGUUGCUGCUUUGUGGAUUUUUGAUAAAAGAUUUCCCUAGCUGGCUGGCCUGGGCAAAAUAUGUUUCUCACAUGUACUACCCGUUCAGUGCAUUAUGCAUAAUCCUGUAUGAAAAUGCAGAACCGGUGCCUUGUAACACAACAGGUCUGAUAACCUUCAGCAAAUGUCUUCAGAACAGUUCAGACUAUGUUACGUCUGUAGAAAUACAACACGAUGUUGGAAUUGAACUUCCGGUGUAUUGCUACGUUGGAACUAUGAUACUAAUUUGUGUUAUGCUGAGAGUAGUUGUAUACAUGGUAUUACGGCUGAAGCGCCCUCGAAUCAGUUAACCUUUAUUAUACUCUAGUGUCGCACUUGCGGCAUAAUUUGCUCCUGAAAGAUUGUUUUAUUUGAUUUAUAAAACUAAUUAGAUCUUUUUCACUUAAGAAUAAAUCAACUAGGGGUUUGACCGGACUAUUUACAGCACGAACAACAACAAAGGUAUUUGUUACAUUGAGUUGGCCAAAGUAUCCUCCCUGGCAAGAGGAUGUUUGUCUAACUUUGUAAUGGAUUAGCAUUCAAGCAUAUCACAUGUUUCUUAAUGUUACAGUACUUACAACAGAUGUGUGUAAAUGACGCAAACAAUAUAGUCGCAUUUUGUGAUAUUUGUUAAAAAACUAUCAGUAAAAAUAAGCUGGGCUGUCGAGAAAAAGGGUCAUUGAUAGGGAUUACUUGCAGCCAGGUAAUGUUUUAUCUAUGUUGAAGCUCAUUUGCUUCAUACUGUUGUAUGUUGCUAAUAGUUUCUUCUCAUCCCAAUACGUUUUCAACUGACAGAUACAUUUUAUUAAGCGCAGAUGUUAACUUCUGUCAAAACUAUGCUCAUAAAGUUAAAUUUUCAUUAUUUGUUUUACUUGUUAAAAAAACUGUUCUUAUUAUGUGUUUUUGUGACUUAUUAAAAUGGGUCCCGGUCCGUAAAAUAACAAAAAUAUGAUUGCUUAAAUUUGUUUUAUUAAAUUUCAUGUAUGACAUUAACAGAACAGAACAGAACAGAACAGAACAUAUAUGUUAUUAGAUUUGUACAUAGUACAUCAUCAAUAUAAAUUUAACAUUUACAUUACAUAUAGUAUAACCUCACGUGUGACUAUGUGAUGAAUUAUAAUAAAAAGCAGUUUACAUGGAGGAUGGUCAUAUUUUGCUAGACAUUUAUGAUAAUAUUUCUAAUUUCCAAACAUUUUUUAACAAUUUUUUUGCAAAUUUGUAUAAUGGAGAUCUGUUAGUAGUUUGCAAUAGCUGAAUAAAUUUGAACAUCGAUGGUCGUACAUAAAAGUAUUUCUUUAUUUAUUUCCUACGUAAAUUACUGUAACAAGGACAAAUUAAAAUGAAAUGGUACUCAUUUUCAAUAUCAGGGGUAUUACGAAAAAAAGUUUUUUCUAAUCUAAUUCAUAUGCACGUGUCAUAUUGCUUUUUAUGACUGAUAUACCAUAAGAAAGUUUGUUUUAUAAUAUAAAGCAACACCACCGCUUGGCCUUUUCGCUAUUUAAUGUUUGAAUUUUCUAUAAAAGUCGUGCACUGUAUAACCCAUUAACUCAAUAUUACUGUCACUACUAGCCCAUGUUUCAUACAAGAAAAUAUUAUCAUGAUUUUACAAACUCUGAAUUGUCUCUUUUAUUUCUUCCAAGUCCAUUGCCGUUACAGGAUAACAUUUUCAGCUCCCUAAUCUCGUACUGCCGUUAAUGUAGAGGGUGUC